AAUUUCAUAGACACAAGAGUCGAGGGACUGGCAAUGGCGAAAAUCCUGGGCAAUUUAGUCUUCGGAUUUGUUCUUCUCGUGGCCAUGGGGCAAGCCCUCGCAGACUUCAACUUCUACAGAGACAUGGUCUGCUACUGGGGACCUCGCAACUUGGCCGUGUGGAACAAUGGAACAAACUUGGCGCUUAACCUCAACAACGCCUCAGGCUGUGGGAUCAAAACGAGGAAGCAGUUUAUGUUCGGAAGCGUCGAGAUGCAAAUUAAGCUCGUCCAAGGAAAUUCUGCUGGCACUGUGACUACAUAUUAUGUGUCUUCGACCGGAGACAAGCACGACGAGAUCGAUUUCGAGUUCCUUGGUAACGUAUCGGGGCAGCCUUACAUCGUCCACACCAACAUCUGGGCUCGAGGGGUAGGAAGAAGGGAACAGCAGUUUUAUCUUUGGUUCGACCCAACUGCGGCCUUUCACAACUACACCAUUCACUGGAAUCCCACCCAAAUCGUGUGGUUGAUCGAUAGCAUCCCUAUUCGGCUUUUCAGAAACUACCAAAAGUAUGGAGUUGCGUAUCCGAACCAGCAAGCGAUGAAGGCCUACUCCAGCAUUUGGAAUGGCGACAGCUGGGCGACGCAGGGCGGGCGGGUGAAGAUCGACUGGAAGAGGGCUCCGUUUGCGGCGAGAUACCAGCAGGUGAAUCUGAGGAUUUGUCCGUGGUAUUCGCAGGGCAGCACUUCGCAGUGCUCGGCCAACACCCCUGCCAACUGGUGGACGGCUCCAGCCUACAGCAGGCUGAACUACGCGCAGCAGGGCCAGCUUAUGUGGGUGAGAAACAAAUACAUGAUCUACGAUUACUGCCGGGAUAGCAAGAGAUUCAAAGGGGCGAUGCCUCCUGAGUGCUCUCUGCCUUUGUACUAGCAGACGAUCGAGGAUUUCAUAUCGGAUUCCUGCUUUUACUUACAUUCAUGGCCGCCCGUGCCGACCAUUGCUACCCUUUUAAUUUGUUCGCUUAAAAAUUUUUCCAUUUUCUUUUUCUUAAUUAUUAUACCUGUUGAGUACGAAUAAAUUCUUGCAUUCCUUUUUCUUGUUCC